ACCGGCACAUUAAAUUCAAUUCUAAUUUUAACAUAAACUGCCAACUAAUGAAUUAUGUCGUCGUAAAUAAUAUCUAAGCUAAUAAAGGAGGUGAGAAAUUAAAUCAUUUAAUUAAGUCAUUGCCUCACACAAGAUCCAAAAUGAACUUCAGGAUUACUGCAAUAUUGAUCUUCGUGACUGCGUUUGCACCUUUAACUCAGUCUUCACCAGCACCGGAUUCAGAACCUCUAUUACUACAGGGAAAUGACGCAUCUAAAGAAAUAGAUCUGGUAGCAUGCGAAGAAGAUCCUUCAGUAUGUCCCAAAACAAGAGGAUUAGGAUUUAUUGGUAUUCUAACAGGAGCAGCAGAUAUAUUUAAAUCUGGUCUAAAUGCAGGUAUUGGAAUUGUUAAUAGUGUCAUAGGUAAUGCAGAUCCAACAGAAGCUGAAAAUGUUAGCGUGACUCCACAGCCACGACAGAUUAUUAUUUCACAACCACCAAAAGUUCAAGUUGCACAAGCACAAGUGCAUGUUCAACAACGACCACAAGUUCAUGUUGCACCACCAAAAGUUCAAGUUCAACAACGGCCUCAAGUUAUUGUUUCACAAACAAAAGUCCUUGUUCCAUCACCACAAGGUCAUGUUCCACAAGGGCCACAAGUUAUUGUUGCACCACCACAAGUUCUUGUUCCCCAAGGACAACAAAUUAUUGUUUCACAAACAAAAGUUAAUGUUCCACAAUCACAAGGACAUGUUCCACAAGGGCCACAAGUUAUUGUUGCACCACCACAAGGUCAUGUUCAACAAGGACAAGUUAUUGUUUCACAAGAAAAAGUUUAUGGUGCACCACCACAAGGACCACAAGUUAUUGUUGCACCACCACAAGGUCAUGUUCCACAAGGAUCACAAGUUAUUGUUUCACAAACAAAAGUUAAUGUUCCACCACCACAAGGUUAUGUUCAACAAGGACCACAACUUAUUGUUGCACCGCCACAAGGUCAUGUUCAACAAGGAUCACAAGUUCUUGUUGCACGACCACAAAUUCUUGUGUCACAACGGCCACAAGUUCUUGUUGGACCAGCACAAGUUCAUGUUAGACCACAUGGAGUUAUAAAUGUUUAUGGGGUUCCACAGCAACAGCAAAUUCUUGUUCGACCACCUGGAGUUAUAAAUGUUUAUGGGCGUCCACAGCAACAGCAAGUAUUUGUUCCACCUGGAGGUACCUUUGGUUAGUAAUUAAUGAAAGGAGUAUUGUUGUCACAAAUAAAUAUGUAUUAAGCACAUAA